AUGUCCGAGAAGCAAGUGACGCCCGACCUUGAGGGAGCUCACAAGCUCGCCGCUGUCCAGUCGGUCACCACCGAUGCUUCCAUCCUGGACAAGGACAGCAUGAUCAACGGCAAGCCUUCGCACGGCGCUGUGCCUGUGCUGCCGAGCACCAUCAUCGAGGAAGCCGACGAGGAGGUGCUCAAGUACACCGACGCGUCCAUCACCAUCACUCCCGAAGAGAACAAGCGCCUCCUGCGCAUCAUUGACAAGCGUGUGCUUACCAUCAUGCUCGGCACCUACUUUUGCCAGAGUCUCGACAAGCAGAUCCUCAGCUUCGCCUCCAUCAUGGGAAUUCGCGAAGAUCUCAAGCUCAAGGGCCAGGAGUAUUCGUGGCUUUUCACCUGUCUCUACCUCGCCAUCCUCUGCACCGAGGGUGCUCAAAACUAUCUCGUUCAGCGUCUUCCCAUCAACCGCUGGCUCGGAUUCUGCGUAUUUGCUUGGGGUACGACCUGCUGCUUCGUCGCUCUCUGCCACAACUUCACUGGCAUCCUCGUCCUGCGAAUUCUCCUCGGAGUCUUCGAGUGCGUCUGCCAGCCGGCGUUUGUUGCUCUCUCGGCCAUUUGGUACCGAAAAGAAGAGCAAACGAGGACGAUUACGCUGUGGUACUGCUGCAAUGGAGCCCAGGCCAUGUUUGGAGGACUUCUAGGCUUCGGAUUCUACCACAUCAAGGGCGCGGCGCUCUCAUCGUGGAGAAUCAUGUUCCUGGUGCUUGGCCUUUUGACGAUUGUGUGGGGAGCGUCUAUCGUCUACAUCCUGCCCGCCUCGCCGAUGAAGGCGCGCGGCAUUUCGGAAGACGACCGCGUCAAGAUUGUGGAGCGCGUGCGAGAAAACCAGACCGGUGUGCAGAACCGCAAGUUCAAGCUGGAGCACGUCUGGGAGGCGCUGAAGGACCCGCAGGCAUGGGCGCUGUUUGCCAUCAACUUCCUCAACACCAUUCCUACCGGUGGACUCGGAAGCUACGGUAACAUCAUCAUCAAGACCAACCUCGGCUUCACCGUGCUGCAGACCAACCUGCUCGGCCUUGCCCAGGGCUCGUUCCAAAUCGCCGUCCUGCUUCUGGCUGCGUUCGUUGCCAAGAAGUGGAACCAGACCAUUCUCACCGCCGUCAUGUUCACGCUGCCCAACAUCAUCUCGGCCGUACUAUUCCUUACCGUUCCCAACACCAAGGCGCACGCUGGCGGUCUCUUGUUUGCAUUCUACAUGACGAUCUGCAUUCAGGCUCAAGCGACGCUCUCCUUCUCGCUGCUCAGCCGAAACGUUGCCGGUCAGACCAAGAGGGGCGUGGUUACUGCCAUGACUUUCAUUGGUUGGGCUGCCGGUAACUCAGCUGGUCCGCAGCUCUUCCAGGCCAAGGAUGCGCCGCACUACCGCAAGGCAUUCAUCGGUCAGCUCGGUUGCUACGUCGCCUCGAUUCUCGUUCUGCUUGGUCUGCGCAUCUACUACAUGGACCAGAACCGCAGGAAGUGCCGCGCCAACAACGCAGUAAAGGGCCGCGCCGAGGACGCCGAGGACGAGAUCGACCUGUCCAAAGCUUUCCUCGAUUUGACCGACCAGCAGAACCUCGACUUCCGAUACUCGUACUAG